GCCCAUUGGCUCCGCCGGCUCCCGGCGGGCGUCGCGGCUGAGCGCGGGAGCGGCGGCGGCGGCGGGGAUGGGGAUUCACGGCCUGGCCAAGCUGAUCGCCGACGUGGCGCCCAGCGCCAUCCGUGAGAACGACAUCAAGGCGUACUUCGGGCGGAAGGUGGCCAUCGACGCCUCCAUGAGCAUCUACCAGUUCCUGAUUGCCGUGCGGCAGGGCGCCGAGGUGCUGCAGAACGAGGAGGGCGAGACCACCAGCCACCUGAUGGGCAUGUUCUACCGCACCAUCCGCAUGGUGGAGAACGGCAUCAAGCCCGUGUACGUCUUCGACGGCAAGCCGCCGCAGCUGAAGUCAGGGGAGCUGGCCAAGAGGACCGAGCGCAGGGCUGAGGCCGAGAAGCACCUGCAGGAGGCCCAGCAGGCCGGAGAGGAGACCAACAUCGAGAAGUUCAGCAAGAGGCUGGUCAAAGUGACCCAGCAGCACACCGACGAGUGCAAGAAGCUGCUGAUGCUGAUGGGCAUCCCCUACGUGGAGGCCCCGGGGGAGGCGGAAGCCAGCUGCGCCACCCUGGUGAAGGCGGGGAAGGUCUACGCGGCCGCCACAGAAGAUAUGGAUUGCCUGACCUUCGGCAGUCCCGUGCUGAUGCGGCAUCUUACUGCCAGCGAGGCUAAGAAGCUGCCCAUCCAGGAGUUCCACCUGAACCGUAUCCUGCAGGACCUCGAUGUGACCUGGGAACAGUUUGUGGAUCUGUGCAUCCUCCUGGGCUGCGACUACUGCGAGAGCAUCCGCGGCAUCGGGCCCAAGCGGGCCGUUGAGCUCAUCAGGCAGCACAAAACCAUUGAGGAGAUCAUUCAGCACAUAGACACCAAGAAGUACCCUCUGCCCGAGAACUGGUUGCACAAGGAGGCCCAGAAGCUCUUCCUAGAGCCGGAUGUGGUCAACCCUGACGACAUUGAGCUGAAGUGGACGGAGCCGAACGAAGAGCAGCUCGUCCAGUUCAUGUGCGUGGAGAAGCAGUUCAACGAGGAGCGCGUCCGCAACGGCGUCAAAAGGCUGAGCAAAAGCCGUCAGGGCAGCACGCAGGGCCGGCUGGACGACUUCUUCAAGGUGACGGGCUCCAUCACGUCGGCCAAGCGCAAGGAGCCCGAGUCCAAGGGGUCUGCGAAGAAGAAAGCCAAGACCAACAAUGCCGCAGCCAAGUUCAAAAAGGGGAAAUAACCAGACUCAAACCCCGGCCGUUAGUUUUUAUGCUCAACUGGGAAUUUUUGGCUAAUAACAAACAGUCGUCUUUCUGUCUUGUGUGUCACUGCUUGGAAGGGUGCGGUGCGGGUUGCUGUCAAAGUCCUUCCAACAAGGCUAGGCUAGUGAAAGAUGCGAGUGCUUCAGCAGCGGUAGGAAGGCACAAGGCUGAGGGGGGAAGAGGGCUGAGAUCUGCAGCUGGUGGGAUCUGGCAGGAGCGAGAAGGUGGUGGGGAAUGAGGGGGCAGCAUUCAGCUGCUCAGCUGCAGCCUCUGUUGGUUGGAGGCUUUUGACGAGUCCUCAGGGGCGGGAGGUGACACCCAACCACAAAUCCCCUUCAGAUUUAAGAGGUAAAAAGCUGAACACCUAGAGAGCGAACCAGGCACAGGCAUUGGAGAGAUUUCUCCCUGACACAGCUCAUAUAAAAAGAGGUAAGGUGCAAGCAGCAGAGACAGAAAAUGGGGAGACGUGAAUGGAAGGCACGGUGGAAUUGGGAGGAGACUUGAAAUAAUGAGGUAAGCUUCUCCCUUUAGUGAGGGCCUCAGGUACUGGCUUCCUUCCCUUCCUGUAGUCAUUUUUAUUUUUUUUAAAGAAAAAAAAGCUGUAUUGUGGAUUCCAAAGCCCUGGCCUGCUCUUAAUGCAUAAACCGAGGACAAGCUGACCUGAAACUGCAGCUCUCCAACCCUGAAUCUUCCUGCUAGGCUCAAUUUUAUGUUUAAUAAGAAAAACGUCAAUAAACAUAAAAUGGAAACCUCCUCA